UCCAGUGCGAUGCGCGCUCGAGAACGGUCGCGUUUUCGCUGCACUGUACGAAUAUUAUAUUCGCGUUUUGCGCGGCAAUAGCCGCUGCCCGUCUUAGUCGCGAUGAGUUCUAAACCACUCAUCGUCAACGAAGUUUUGGCAUUUAUUAUCCAUGCCAUCGACUACAUGGACGAGGUCAGCAUCGUGCAGAUCUGCAGAUCAGCCUACAAAGAGGAGGAGGUUUGCAGUGCUAAGCUGAUGCUCUUCCAGUCGCUCGGACAACUAGAGCAGAUGCCAUCCCGCCGAAGGGACGGUGGCGACAAGAGCCUGCAGGACAUCAUCUCCCUGCUGAAGAGGACUGAUCCUGACGACGUGCCUGAAUUCGUGGCGAGGGACUUACAUAAGCUGCCUCCCGUCACGUUUGAUCACGUCGAUGUCACCGGGCUGCUGAAAGACAUAACUUGUCUAAAGGCAAGCCUGGAAGAUAUGAAGUCCAAGAUGGAAGCGUCACAGGCUACCAUCAAUGACCUGCGUGCUGAGGUGGCGUUGUUGCGCAAUGCUACUUCUGUAAGUGGGUCAAUUGACAUCAAGAAUGUGAAUACUCGUCGCGGGGCGCAAAAUGCGUCCGUCAUCAGUUUCGAGUCGGCGAAUUCGAGUGCGUCACCGGUCGCCGAUGUCGCUGACGAUGCACGCCGUCCCGCCGCCACCGCUGUGUCAACACCUGCGGCCGAGGCUCGUGUAGGAACAUCGACCCCAAAACGCGCCUACGCAGCAGUAGCAGCCACCAACAAGCCCGCUGUGACGCAAACAAAGCGGAGCAAAGCAAAAGGGGGUCAACAAACCCGUGGCAAACCACAGCCACCGACUAGUCCGAAGAAGGACACGUGCGACAAGGAUGGCUUCAUAAAGGUAGAAAGGAGAAAAAAGAAGCCACCUUGUAGGAAUCAGUGCGGUACCGCACAAACUGGACCCAACAUCCUGCUGCGUCCUGCAGUACCAACGACGCAGCUGUACGUGUCCCGUCUACAUCACACCACGACGGUGGAGCAGAUCGUGGAGUAUGUCCGGUCCAAGACCAACUGGACCUUGAGGGUGGAGAAGUUGGAGUCGCGCCACAACACGAACUUCAAGUCGUUCAUGGUGCGAGUUCCAACUCAUCACUUCGAGACCUUCCUCAAGGAAGAGUUUUGGCCGAAGGGUGUCGUCUAUCGGAGAUUCCGAGGAAGGCUACGCGACACCACGCAGCGUAACACGACGCCGACGCUUCGUGUGCAUUAGUUUAAGUUAUUUUUUGUAUAAAAUAUGUAUUAGUAUAUAAUUUAAUUGUAUGUUAUAUCUAUGUAUAGUAUUUUUCUAUGGGCCUUAGAUGCCUGAAGUAAAUAAAUAAAUAAAAUAAAUAAAAAAUAAAAAUAAAGGCGUGACGAUAUCUAUAUAUUAAUACGUGAUGCAAAAACUUUGGACCGCUAUUUACGAAAAUUGCGCGGACGUAGGAGCAUAAAAUUUGGUACACUUAUAGUUUAUGUGUAGGAGAAGUGAAGAACGCUAAUAUUUUUCAAAAAUAAUGCUUAUAAAGUACAUUAAAUCAAUAAAUAAAACAUUACACACACAUGCAUAGUAUCUGAUCGUAUUUGACAAAACGUCAAAAUCGAUAGACAUUGCGAUGAUAUUGACGUCUCAUAUGAAUAGUUUUAUAAAAGAGUUUGUUUGAGUUUGAGUUAAAUAAAAAUUAUCCUUGAACGUAUGUUAAGUGGUAUUGUAAAUUAAAUCGUAUAUGGUUGAAUUUCAACCACUAGGCGACCACUAGUAAAAAAUAAUUACAUAUAU